CCCGAGGGCAGGGUUUCGGCUCCCCGAGUCCCGACGGUGGGCGCCGCGAAGGCGGGCGCGGAGCAUGGCCGGCCGGGGGAAGCUCAUCGCCGUCAUCGGCGACGAGGACACGGUCACCGGCUUCCUGCUCGGUGGCAUCGGGGAGCUCAACAAGAACCGACACCCCAACUUCCUGGUGGUGGAGAAGGACACGGCCCUCAACGACAUCGAGGACACUUUCCGGCAGUUCCUCAACCGGGAUGACAUAGGCAUCAUCCUCAUCAACCAGUAUAUCGCUGAGAUGGUACGGCACGCGCUGGAUGCCCACACCCGCUCCCUGCCCGCCGUGCUGGAGAUCCCCUCCAAGGAGCACCCCUACGAUGCGGCCAAGGAUUCGAUCCUGCGCCGGGCCCGCGGCAUGUUCACAGCCGAAGACCUGCGCUAGCAGCCCCCGGCUACUAGCCCUGAGCCUUCCCUCUGCAGUGUGUGUCCAUCUGUCCAUCCGGUGUCCCUCCCCUCACUCGGAGGCUUAUCCGAGAAGGUGUGGCCUCAGCCUGCUGGCACCCUUCAACCGGAUAAGUUCUCUCCAGCCCCCUGGGGUAGGCCGGGGCGAGACCAAAAACCUCAAGAGAAAGUAGAUCUGAGGGAACCCGAAGCUGGCCAUGCCCUCCAACACGAACACGCGCGCCUUUCUUUCCUUCCCCUCACCCUGCUCCCCAGCAAGGCUGGUGCUGUCUGUUUCAUAGUAUUAUUAAAUUAAAGGCUCCCCCUCUCCUGGC